AUGCUAGAAGCGCCGAAGACAGAGAUGAGACAAUGGGAGUUGUCCAGUUUUGAACCUUCCUUACCUGUCACUGAGAAAUCAAAUCCCAUCACCAGAGAUAUUGAUAGAGCAAACACGGAACAAAUUGUGCAUAUGUUGGAGGAAUGUGACAAAGAAUUAUUUGAGGAAGGAUGGCAUACGGAUUCAGUGUAUAAGAGACUGAAGAAUCCCUCUGUGAUUCAGACAAUGGUGGAUUUAGCCAAAAAUGUGGAAUCAAUUCUCAAGGAACCAAAUAGCUUGAUUAUUAUGAGUGGAUGUGGAACGUCUGGACGCAUUGCCUUUCUGUUGGCGACAUCCUUCAACUCAAUGCUUAAAGACCUGCAACAAAAAGAGAUCUGUUCUUACAUCAUCGCUGGUGGUGACAUGGCUUUGCUGACGUCACAGGAGGCCCCAGAGGACAGCCCCAUACUGGGAGCAGACAUACUAGACAAGGCACGUGAAGGGAAGAAGCAUGUCCUUUUCAUUGGAAUAUCUUGUGGAUUGUCUGCCCCAUUUGUUGCAGGCCAAUUGGACUUCUGUUUGAACUGUGAUGUCUUCACCCCAGUGCUAAUAGGUUUCAACCCAGUGCACAUGGCAAGGGCUGAACCAAUACGAGAUUGGCCGUUGAAUUUCAAGAGGGUCGCAGAGAAAAUGAUGGAAAAGCAGGAUUCUCAGAAAGCUUUCAUCUUAAACCCAGCAGUGGGACCAGAGGCCAUCAGUGGAUCUUCUAGAAUGAAAGGCGGGAGUGCUACAAAAAUGCUACUGGAAACUGUGCUCUGGGCUGGACUUAACGCUGCGUACAACCGCAGAGAAAUUACACCAGCUGCUAUGCUGGCCCAGAUCAAAAUGUAUGAGAGGGCUCAUGAAUUCACUUACAGUCAGAGAGAGAAGAUAGCUGUCUUGGUUGAAAAAGCUGGACUGAGUUUGAAAGGGAAAGGACAUGUGUAUUAUGUUGGAUGGAAGACUCUUGGCAUUAUUGGAAUUAUUGAUGCCAGUGAAUGUGUUCCCACAUUUGGCGCAGGUUCUGAGGAUAUCAGAGGUUUCAUCUAUAAUGGAUUCCAGGAAAUGAAGAACGAAGAGGGUGAUCUCUCAUCCAUGGGAUCACAGUUCAGGAUUGACCACAGAGAUUUUGUGAAUGUGAUUUUACCCACCCUGAGCAAGCAUGACACAGUCAUCUUUUUAUUCACUGUGAACGAUGACUUGAAUGAGGUGAAAGAGCUGGCGAGUCAAGUGAAAGGAAAGACAUCAAACCUCCAUGCUCUUACCCAUGACUGUGUGGGGAACAGUGUUCCUAAUCAACAAUGGGAGAUAUCAACCAAGUGGAGUCUUAAUGCGAUCAGCACGGGUGCUCAUAUUCUGAAGGGAAAAGUCUACAGGAAUUAUAUGAUAGACCUCAAAGUAACUAAUAGCAAACUCUACAGAAGAGCUAUUCACAUUUUACAGUGCUUUACCAGCUGUUCCAUGGUGCAGUGUGAAACGGCUCUUCUGAAAGCUGUCUAUGAUGUGGAAGAGCUGACAACAGAGAUUAUCUCAGCAGAUGUAUCAAAGCACACAGAGGUGGCAAACACAAGAGACAGGGUCAUCCCAACUGCGCUGGUGAUGCUACAAUGUGGAUGCUCCGUCAAGGAGGCCAGGUCUCGUCUGAACAAUUACUCUGUGGUUCGAGAUGCUGUGGAUUCUCUCCUGAGUGUCAAGUAG